AUGUCUAACGGUCCUAUCUCUAUUGGCUCUACAGAGCAGUUUAACAGCCUUUUAAAAUCCUCAAACAUUGUUAUCGCCGACUUUGAGACCGACUGGUGUGCUUCUUGUAAAGUAAUUGCGCCUCUCUACGAACAACUUGCCAAGUCUCUGUCCCGCCCCAACGCCGUGACUUUUGUCAAGAUCAAUGGCGAUGAGCAACCCGAGCUCAAGGGAUAUGGCGUCACAGGUUUUCCCACAUUUCUUAUCUUCAAAAACGGCAAAUUGGAGGAUACAGUCAAGGGAGCAGACCCCCACCAGCUUCCCGCUGCUGUUAAUAAGAUUAUUCAGGAAGCCGGGUCUGUAAGCGAGACAUAG